ACGCCCAUCAAUUAUUUUAUUAGCCCCACCCAGUGCAAAGUGGAAAGAAGGAGAUGGAUCAAGUGAGAGGACUUGUCAAUUUCUUCUCUGGCAGUGGUAAGAACGACGGCAUAACGGCUCGACCAGUCUAUCGUGGUACUGGAGCCCCUGAAUCAUCACGUGACCGAACCCUCAGCAUUCAUGGAGGAGUAGGAGGAGGAAUAGACUGGCCUCCAGUGUCACUAGAGAGAUCUGAGUCCAUCGUCAUUAAUAGAGGAUUGAGGAACAGGCCAGGAGAGAAUAACUGCUUCCUUAAUGCAGCUGUACAGGUUUUGUGGCAUGUUGAUGUUUUUAGAAGAAGUUUCCGGCAAAUAGAGGAGCACAAGUGUGUCGGUGAGACCUGCAUAUUCUGUGCAUUGAAGGUUUUGUACACACAGUAUCAGCAUUCAGAGCAGAACUCUAUACCUCCUGACAUGCUCAGGAAUGCUUUGGCUAACUGCUAUAAAGACCAGGACAGGUUCCAGCUGGGAAUAAUGGACGAUGCCGCCGAAUGUUUUGAGAAGCUGCUAGAGAAGGUUCAUUAUCAUUUAACUGGUACUGCUGAUCUUGAGAGCUGUGCUGUAAAAUGGUGUAUACCUCAUAUGAAGUUUGCACUGACUACAGUUGAACAAAUUUUUUGUCCCGCCUGUAGCAAAAUGGAGGAACCACAUACAUUUGUUGAAUUUGUGCAUUACGUUUCGACUAUAGUUAUUAAAGAUGAGAAUGAGCGUCUUGGAAGUACUGAACCUGAUCAGUACUUCUUUGAGAGAACCUUACGUAUGGCGGCAGAAUCAGACGCUUCUUCUUAUAGCCCAUGCAAAAUUUGCACUUGCAGAGUCAAAUUGAGACGAAUGCUUCUGAGCAAUCCUGAUGUUUUAUGCAUUGGUAUGAUUUGGGACAGCAGUUCUCCCACAGUCCCAUACAUUAUGAGUGUCCUUAACAGCAUUGGACUCAAAAUACGUCUAUCAAGAAUAUUUGAUAGAGUGUCAGGAACUGGUUCACUGGAGUUUAACCUAACCGCCAUGAUCACUUACUAUGGUCGCCAUUACACCACAUUCUCAUACCACACCAAGCAACACUCGUGGAUCUACUUUGAUGAUGCCAGAGUGAGGAAGGUUGGUGACUGGAAUGAAGUGAAGAAGGAGUGUCGUAAAGCUCACUACCAGCCUCUGCUACUGAUAUACACUAAUCCUCACAGCACUACUGUUGAUAUUACCGGGAUCAAGAAACAAGAGAGCACAGCUCCAGCUACAACACAAGCUCCUCCUCCCAUAACUAAAGCCACUCCUACAACACAAACUCCGCCUAUUGCUAGCCCCGCCCCUCCAAUUCCUCCUAAAUCAGAAGUACCUGAUAUGAUCCAGUUCAGCAUAACAGCACCUGCAUCACAGCUGCUAGCUCCCAUGAGUAAAUCCAAUAAUAUCAUUAAUAAUUUGACUCCACCUACUGCCGUACCAGGAAGUACAGGAGGUGUGUCAGGAGGUGGAGCUUAUUUUAGUGGAUCAAAGCCGUUGAGUGAUGUCAUUGAUGAUUCUGUUAACGUUGAUACUAACUCUCGUACUGAUGCUGCCAUUGGUCAGAGAUACAAACAGCAAGCACCAAUAUCUUAUGCUAACAACAGGCCUUCUCCUUCAGUACCCCGGCACACUCAAUCUCACCUAUACCCUCGUCUUGAUGAUGGGACUCCUUAUUAUAUAAAUGUUGGAUCAAGGCAGACCAGUAGAGCACCAGUAUCAACCUCUACUGGCCACUCUACUUCUACUCCAGCCUAUUCUACCUCCACUGCAGCCCACCCACCCUUCUCCUCCUCUUCUGCUAGCCAGUUUUCAACUGCAACUAGUACCUCUGCUAAUAUUGAUACAGCUGGUUAUAUAACGACCAGUAGACCAUAUUAUAACACAUCAACUCCAGUCAGUGGUAGGAGCACUAGUCCUUUGAAUCAGUUGAAUAAUGUACCAGUCCCCAGUCAACAGAGAGGAGGAGGAGGAGUUCCUGCUAAACAGAGACCACGCUCAGAUGUGUAUCCAAGCACUAGGACAUCGGGUCCUACUGGAGGGACUACUGGUGCUACUAGAGGGGCUACUGGAGCUACUGGAGGGGCUACUGGAGCUACUGGAGGGGCUACUGGUUUGGGAAGGGUCACUGGAGCUACUGGAAGAGGUACUGGCUCAAUGGCAGAUCCUGAUAGUUUUGUUCGGCAAUUUGAAAGUGAUUUUAAAAUGAUGCCUAAAGAUUUACAGAUCAUGUUACUGCAUGUUGGAGCAUAUCUAAAGAGACUCCAGUCCCCAGCAGUGAAGAAUGAUGUAGUCAUGACGAGCUGUCUUUUAGAAAAAACAAAUGAUGAUUUGAAGAAGUGCAUUGAUCAUCACGCAGUCCAGUAUUACUCCAGUUUAAGAGCCUCUUUGAAAUCAAAGAAAGAAGAGAUAGAGAGAGAGAGCAGAUUGUUGAAACUAGGAAAGUCCGACUGUCCCGAUCUUCAAGAAGUAGCUAACCUUCUUUCAGCUAAAAACAAUCAGUUUGGUGUUAAAAGACAGCCAUUAGGUCGUACACCAUCGCCUGAUAAACCUCCUCUCCCUAGAAAGCCUAAACCAUCGGCUAUCGAAGACAUGAAAACUAGGUUUGGAGGCUACAAAGAAUCGGCUCAGAGAAUAAACUCUUCAUCUAACGAGAGACAAGCCAGAGGAGGAGGGGCAGGAGGUGCUGUUGUUACUGAACCAGUUUGCAAUGUUUGCCAUAACAAGAGAGAUAUAAAUGCUGAUGGAAUGUGUGGCCCUUGUUCCAUGAAGUGGACAUUGAGCAAAUGAACUUUGCAAGACAAUACUUUUAUAUUAUCUGCU